AUGAACAUUGGCAAGAAGUCGAUACCCUUCAAGCCCGAGCAAGACAUCCCUCCGCUCGAUGGCAAGGUGAUCCUGAUUACGGGCGGAAAUAUCGGCCUGGGAAAGCAGUGCGUGCUAGAGUACGCGCGCCACAACCCCGCCCAAAUCUGGCUGGCCGCACGCAGUCUCGACAAGGCGGCAGCAGCAGUCGCAGAAAUCCAGCAGCAGCUCCCCAACCCAGCGCCUAUCAAGCUUCUCGAACUUGAUCUAUCAUCCCUCGCAUCAGUGCAGACGGCCGCCCGCACGUUCUCCGCCGCAUCAGCGCGCCUGGACAUCCUCAUGCUCAAUGCCGGCAUCAUGGCCGCGCCGCCCGGCCUCACCACCGACGGCUACGAGCUGCAGUGGGGCACCAACUACGUCGGCCACGCGCUGCUGGCGAAGCUGCUGCUGCCCGUGCUGGACACGACUGCGCGCAGCAAGCCCGGCGCCGACGUGCGCGUCAUCACGCUGUCGUCGCACGGCCACUCGCUGGCGCCAAAGCCCGAGGGCAUCCGGUUCGACACUCUGCGCACGCCGGCCGACGCGCUGGGGCCGUACGGCCGCUACGGCCAGAGCAAGCUCGCCGCGAUCCUCUGGGCGCGGCAGAUGGCGCAGCGGUACCCGCAGUUCACCGUGACCUCGAUCCAUCCGGGCGUGGUGAGGACGAACUUGAUGAAUAAUGCGACGGGCUCGCCGUUGGUCGUGCGGCUUUUGGGCAAGGUUGCGAACUGGGUCGUCACGCCGGUGGAGCAGGGGGCGCGGAAUCAGCUCUGGGCGUCGGUGGCGGAGGGUGUGGAGUCCGGCGAGUAUUAUGAGCCGGUUGGGAUAGGGGGCACAGCGACGGCGUUUGGAAAGGACGAGAAGCUGGCGCAGAAGCUCUGGGACUGGACGGAGAAGGAACUCGAAGGAUACACUGCUUGA